AUGCCUUCUUUGCAUAAAGAACACAUAAACGCCCAACCGAAACCACUGGUUUUUGAUUCUUUGAUCCUGCAACAUGAAACCAGCAUACCCGAACAGUUUAUAUGGCCUGAUCAUGAGAAACCCAACUCACAAAAAGCCAAGGAACUAGCAGUUCCUUUAGUUGACCUACGAGGCUUUCUUUCUGGACGUGCUAGUUCAGCCAAGGAAGCCUCCGUGAUUGUUGGUGAGGCUUGCAAGAAACAUGGUUUCUUCCUAGUGACCAAUCAUGGUGUUGAUGCAAGCCUCAUAGUAGAUGCUCAUAGGUACAUGGACCUAUUCUUUGAGCUCCCUUUUUUGGACAAACAAAGAGUUCAAAGAAAACUAGGUGAAAACAAAUCAUCCAAAAUAGUGGAGGAGUAUUUUGAGAAGACAAUGGGAAAAGAAUUUGCUCGACUCGGGAAAGUUUACCAAGAAUAUUGCAAUGCCAUGAGUAGACUUUCACUAGGAAUCAUGGAAUUACUGGGGAUGAGCCUUGGUGUAGAGCAAUCGCACUUUAAGGAAUUCUUCAAAGAAAACGAUUCCAUAAUGAGGCUAAACUACUAUCCACCAUGCCAAAAACCAGACCUCACCUUAGGAACAGGCCCUCAUUGCGAUCCAACAUCAUUAACAAUUCUUCACCAAGAUUCCGUUGGUGGACUAGAAGUGUUCAUAGACAAUGAAUGGCGUUCAAUUGCUCCAAAUCUUAAUACUUUUGUAGUAAACAUCGGUGAUACAUUCAUGGCACUUUCAAAUGGACAAUACAGAAGUUGCUUACAUAGAGCUGUGGUUAACAACAAGAUUCAUAGGAAAUCACUUGCGUUCUUUCUAUGUCCAAAAAAAGAUAAGGUAGUGAGCCCACCAGACGAACUAGUGGACGAAAAGAACCCCAGAAUUUAUCCAGAUUUUACAUGGUCUAUGUUUCUUGAAUUCACUCAGAAGCAUUACCGAGCCGACAUGAACACCCUCCAAGCUUUCUCCAACUGGAUUCAGCAGAAAAACAGCUGAAAUCGAAUUCUUUUGUCCUUCUCUGCAUCCUGUACCACUAUCCUUCACAUGAAACGAAAUGAGGAAGCAGAUUCUUAAGUCAAAAGAUUCCCAUAACCUAUAAGUUGAUUUUGAAUCUUAUUUGUUAUUACCGAGUAACUUAUCCAGCUAUAUGAAAGCGGAUGUACAACAGAAGUUUCGUACUAUGAUGGAGAAUGCAUGAAACCAGUAUCUUGGUUAAUACUGUAGUUGCAUGAAAAAGUAAUGUUGAGGACGAUGGACAAGGUUUUAGUUUCUGUGGAGGUCAUAUUCGGGAUGCGUAUACAUAAGCCAAAAUUUGUGAUUUUCUAUUUUAGUAAAUAUGUAGGAAAUAAUUUUUAAUAACCACUAGUUAGUAGCAUUACCAACCAUCUAGUUUAGUGAAGAAGAAACAAAAAAGGCAUUAAUAAAUACUAGUAAGGGG